CAAUCGUGGUAAGCGGAGAGGGACCUGGCACCGUGGGCGAGUGCCAGCGGGAGUGGAUGGGCCUGGAGAAAAAUGCCCCUUCAGGCUUCUCCCCGCCGGCGGGGGGCAUGACCCAGCAGGCCGGGAGACUCUCACCCAGGGCUGGCCACUAACCACGCAGGUCCCCUCUGCAAAUCCCGGCAUUGCGCGGGGAAAGGCAGCCAGCUGGGGGACACGUCACCCAGCCGCGGGCAGUCCACGCUGACUGUUCCCACCAGGCUCCCCCUUGCAGGAGACCUCUGCAAGGCUUCAGGAGUGGGGAUGAGACACACAGUCAUGGGCGUGUGUUGCAGGUGACCAAGCCAGGGCAACAUGGAAAUGUAGAAGAUGAAAGCAAGAAACGCUAUUUUCUUUUUCUCCAGAUGCUGUGCACCUGUGGGGGUGGAAGGCCGAGCGGUGGCCUGUGACAUCAGUGGGCGAUGCACUGUGACCUCGUGUCCCUCGCUGCUUGUCUUCGGGCACCAGCAGAGCCUGGGCCAGUCUGGCUCGUGCUUGGACUCCUGCCGAGCGUGCCUGCGAGGUCUGGAGGGUCGAGCAAGGUUUCUCCUGGUGCUGGGUGGUGCUUUGGUGGCUGCCAUCGGCAGCUCUCAGUGCCCGUCCCAGAGCCAUGCCCUGUGUUUCCCCAGUCCUGCCUGGUUCAGGCAGCUGGGCACCGCGGGGUGCGCUUGCAGCAGCGGAGCGCACGACAGCCGCCGCUGCAGCGCCAGCAAGAGGGAGCAGCUCCUUAUCCUCAGCGCUUCCCAGCUCACCUCAGCAUGCAGAGAGCAUGGCCACCGAGAGCGAGUGGAGCUGCCCCAUCUGCUGCGACGAUCAAGACGACGUCGCCUACAUGUCGCCUUGCCUCCACCAAUUUUGCUUAGGCUGUGCACUGCGCUGGGUACGGCAGAAGCCAAACUGCGCCCUGUGCAGGUCGGGGACGAUGGCCAUCUUGUUCUCAGUGCGGUCAGAGGAUGAUUUUUUGACAUUGGAUGUCCCAAGCCUCAGAGAGCCAACGGCUGAAGACCACCAGGACGAGCAGGGGCCUGCGGGGCUGGUGCCCUGGGCUCAAGUGGGCAGCUUCCCUCCUGCAGUCUGGGCAGACUUUUUCAAGAGCCACCCCAAUAACAUCAGGCCCCUGCUGCCCUGGGUGCGACAUGAGCUCGGGGUGCUCUACGAGGAGCGGUGGUGGGAGGUGGCUGCCGCGGAGGGGAUCAUUGUGGCCCACCUGUGCCUCUGGGGUCUGGACGAGGAGGUGUUGGUGCAGAAGCUGCAGAACUGCCUGUCACAACACACGCGGACAUUCGUCCCCCGGCUCAUCACCGCCGCCGUUCGCCUGUGCGGCUGGGCGAUCCGCCAGCACCUGGGCCAGCAGGACCCCCGCGCUGCCGGCGGGGAGGACAACGGCCCUGCAGCCAGCCCCAGCUCCACGGCCUCCCCGGGGCAGACUCCCGCUCCCCACCCGGCCUCCUCCAGCAGCGCUGCAGGCCCUGACGUGGAGGAGGAAGCCAGCACGUCAGAGGCCACCCUCCGCGGGGGUCCCGACAGCCUCCCAUCUGCGCCCAUCCCUGCAGAGCAAGAUCAGCCCCAGGAGGAGCCGGGGGAGGCGGCGGCGGCAGGUCCCUCUGCCCAGGGCUGCAGCCCCUCUGCUCCUGGCCGGGGCAGGGACCGCUUGCCCAGGGCGCCCCGGCGCCCCCCAAAGAGGAAGGCCUCCGGCCCCCAGGACUCUGCCCAGCCCUGCAAGAGGCCACCCCGCCGGCGGCACUAGCAGGGCUCCGUCAACCCUCGAUUCAAGGAAAAGGAAAUAAAUUCCUGUUUCCCUGA